AUGGAUUUUUUUAACAAUACAAAUUUUUCAAUCGAUGGCAGCAAUUCAACAACAGCUGAAGAUGGUGCUCUUCACUGUGGUGCCAUCCUACCUGUCAUCUUUGGCAUUAUCUGCUUUCUGGGCAUCAUUGGGAACUGUAUUGUCAUGUACACCAUUAUGAAGAAGACCAAGUGUCGAGCCAAGCAAACAGUUCCAGACAUCUUUAUCUUAAAUCUGUCAAUUGUUGAUCUUCUGUUUCUCCUCGGGAUGCCAUUUCUCAUUCACCAGUUGCUGGGCAACGGUACCUGGCACUUUGGAGCCGCGAUGUGUACGGUCAUCACUGCGCUCGAUUCCAACAGCCAGAUUGUCAGUACUUAUAUCCUCACUGCAAUGACCUUUGACCGCUAUUUAGCUACUGUGCAUCCCAUUCGCUUCAACUAUGUCCGCACGCCUUGUGUGGCUGUGUUGGUCAUUGGGCUGGUGUGGGUUUUGUCCUUACUCACCAUUAUCCCUGUGUGGAUGUAUGCCGGCCUGAUGCCUCUCCCAGAUGGGCUAGUGGCCUGUGCUCUGCUUCUGCCUGAUCCAGUUACAGAUACAUACUGGUUUACACUUUACCAGUUUUUCUUGGCCUUUGCGAUACCCUUAGUCAUUAUCUGUCGGGUAUUCUUCAAGAUCCUCCAACACAUGUCCACAAGUGUGGCGCCUCUGCCUCCACGUAAUUUGAGAGUGCGCACCAGGAAGGUGACCCGGAUGGCAGUGGCCAUCUGCCUCGCUUUCUUUAUCUGCUGGGCUCCUUUCUAUAUCCUCCAACUGGUGCACCUGGGGGUGCAGAAGCCGAGCAUAGCGUUCUCCUAUGCCUAUAAUAUUGCAAUUAGCAUGGGCUAUGCUAACAGCUGCAUUAACCCAUUUCUCUAUAUCAUGCUAAGUGAGACCUUUAAGAGGCAGUUUCUUAGAGCUGUACGGCCAGCUCAUCGGAAGUUCCGCGUGGUGAACCCGAGCACCACAGAUGGUGGCAGUGUCAGUGUGAGGAUGGUACCUGAACAGGCUCAGCAGGAGCCAGCCUGCAGGGAGAUGAUACCAUCCAACGUGGCUCCAGAAUGACUCCAUGGAUAAAAAUAUCUGUUAUUUCAUUAUUUUGUAUCUAAGCAACUGGUCAUGGGGCAGCAGACGAAGAACAAAUUUUCAGAGCAUCUGUGAGGAGCAAUAUUUCAUAUC